AUGGCAGAAUUUAAGGAAGAUAAAUUCUUUAAUAAGCCAGGAGAUUCUGAUGAUUCUGCUAAUAAAUUAAAAAAAAAAAUAUCUAAGCCGAAGUAAUAAAGUUUAAUCUCAACAUCAUUAAAGAUCAAGGAAAUGUUUAAAAAAUAACAAUUCAAGGAUAUUGUGAAUUGGGCUGAAAAAGAUACCUCCAUUACACUUCAUGAAUAUGACGAAAUGAAAGUUAAUUCCCAAAUGUUAAAACUUGGAUAAUGUGCUUUAAUAAAAAAUGCUAAAAAUCCUUCUGAAGAUUAUGUUGGUAAACUUCAAAGGAUCGUUACAAUUAAAGAAAAUAAAUCAACUAAAUUAAUUUGCUUAUGCGAAGUUAAUUGGUUUUAUCGAAAAAGUGAAAUAAUAAAAUUUAAACCCUAAGCCAAACCUUGGAUAUCCAAUAAUGAAGUAUUCAGCACUAAUUGCACCGAUUAUGUGUUGGCAUCCACAAUAUUGUCUCCUUGUCGAAUAGUAACUCUGGAGGAAUAUGAAACAUGUACACAAGUGGAAAAGGGAAUAUUUUUCACUAGGUUAGAAUGGUUACCUACAAAAAAGAAGUUUGACGGACUAUCAAAACUUUAACAUCAUUGUACUUGUAAAUAGCCCCAAAAUCCAGAUUAAAUAUAUAUUUAAUGUGAUAAAUGUUAAAAAUGGUACCAUAUUACAUGUGUAGGAUUGAAGAAAGGAGAAUAUGAAUAGAAAGAAUAUAUUUGUGGAUGCUGUAGAUGA